AUGUUCUCGGCCAAAGACACCAACGAAUCCUCGCGGGAACCUACGAUCAAAGAGAAACUUGGCGACAAAGUUCCCGAGACUGCAGUGGAAGAACCCGAGGCCGAAGCCAUUGCAGUCCCCAAACCCAUCAGACCCGCCAAUCCCUCUAGGCAAUCAUCUCAGACCGACAAGGCUAGACUGGCUGGAACCGUUUCAAGAAGUGGUAGUGAUGCAAAGAAGGACAAGAAGGAAGCGGAAGGUGCCCCCACUCAACAUCGUCGCUUCUGGAUUGAUGAAGAUGGUAACCAUCAUCACCAGCUUAAAAGCGCCAGACGACAGGAAAAGCUCACAGACAUGGUUCGCGACUUCCUCGGAGGCAAGAAGAAAGAACACCACGAAGAACAGCCUCUGUCUCUUAUGGCCAGUUGGGUGGACCAGUUGAAAAAUGAAAAGAACCGGGUCGCUUCGGACCAGAAGAAUGGACCUGCCGGUACCGCGACGCUUGUCCAGAAGUACGGCAAGUGUCAGGAAAUCGUGGGUCGCGGUGCUUUCGGUAUUGUCAGGAUAGCGCACAAGGUGGAUCCCAAUGACUCGAAACACGAGCAGCUAUAUGCUGUCAAGGAAUUCCGCCGAAGACCGCAGGAAGAUGCGAAGAAGUACAGCAAACGCCUUAAUUCGGAGUUCUGCAUCUCGUCUUCUUUGAGACAUCCAAAUGUCAUCCACACCCUUGACUUGCUCACUGAUGCCAAGGGCGAUUACUGCGAAGUCAUGGAAUUCUGCGCCGGUGGAGAUCUCUACUCGCUAGUACUCGCUGCGGGCAAGUUGGAAGUCGUUGAGGCGGAUUGUUAUUUCCUGCAACUCAUGCGUGGUGUUGAAUACAUCCACGAGAUGGGAGUCGCACAUCGUGAUCUCAAACCAGAGAAUCUCCUUCUCACGACACAUGGUGCCCUCAAGAUCACGGAUUUCGGUAACGGUGAAUGCUUCCGCAUGGCUUGGGAGACAGAACCGCACAUGACAGCAGGCCUUUGCGGCAGUGCACCUUACAUUGCACCAGAAGAGUACACAGACAAGGAGUUUGAUCCUCGUGCAGUAGACGUCUGGGCAUGUGGUGUUAUCUACAUGGCCAUGAGAACUGGCAGACACUUGUGGCGUGUAGCCAACAAGGACGAAGAUGAGUUCUACGAAAACUAUGUGCAAGGUCGCAAGAGCGAUGCUGGCUACGGACCAAUUGAGUCAUUGCAUAGAGCGCGAUGCAGAAAUGUCAUCUACUCGAUAUUGGAUCCUAACGCAAGCAGACGUAUCAGCGCACACCAGGUACUCAACUCAGAGUGGGGCAAGGGCAUCAGAGUCUGUCAGGCCGGCGAGGAAGGGUUGUAA